AUGGCAGACGUAUACGUACUCAGUCCGUCUCCCCUGCUGGUUCAGUCCGUCUCAGCGGCUCUACAAGCUCACUCCCUACAACACCACACCAGCAUAAAACUGCUUAUUCUGUGUUUCUUCAAGAAGUCAAACAGUGAACAGGAUGCAGAGAGAGCCACGUUGGUUGUUUUGGACGACUUCCCCAACAGCAAAGAUCCUUUGGACAGCCUCUGUGCUUCCGACAAGUCGUUGAUACUCCGCUACUUCUUCUGCCACUUGAACCUCCUUGUGGUAGAGCAACACACGCUAGAUAAGACGACGGUGGCUUCUUUGAGCCAGGCAAUUGCCACUGUAAUCAACGACACCUUCUCGAAAGAAUACUCCACCAUCGUGGCCGAUGCUAUGCCCACCAUGAACUCUUUACUCAGCAAGAGUCUGGGCAAAUCUAACUCAACGGAAAAACGUCUCCGCGAGCUUUUGGCUUUGAUGAAUAGCAGCAUAAACACAAUGGAUUUGCUUUCCAACAGCGAACCAAAACAUCUUGCCAAACUCGCUCAUCUAGUCGGCCACUGGGCAUUCCCCUCUCAUGAGCUUCUGAGCGAUGAUUUGGCCUACUGUGCUUUUCUCAUGCUCGAGUUUGCUCUCCGUUACAUCAGGGAGCUUGCCAUGUGGUCAACACUUCCUGUCCCUUCUUCAAACGAGCUCAUGAUGUUUGUGCUCAUAGUCAGGGACAACUACCAGCACGGCAACCCAUUCCACAACUUCCGACAUGCCGUUGAUGUGAUGCAGGCCUGUUUCCACUAUCUUAUCCGCCUAGGCUGUUUACCGGAAUUCUCCCAAUUCCGCAAGAACCCCAAGGAGGACGAGCUUGCCACAUUGAAAAAUCCAGUAGGCAAAGAAGCAUCUGUCCUACUAGACAUGGUGUACCCUCUCGCCACGGUACGCCCGAAGGUGAAGCACUUGUGCCACACCUCAAUCCUCUCCAAUCCCUUGGCUUGCUUUUCGCUGCCAUUGGCCAUGACGCUUCUCAAUAUUGUCACAGACUCUUCAUCAAACUUGACACUCAAACAUCUUAUUAUUGGCAGCAUUCUUGCAACUGAUAUGGCUGAGCAUUUCGAGUAUGUCGACAAGUUGCAAAAGUUCAAGUUUUCAACCUCCGAUCCGUUGGAUGAUAAAGUCAAGCUCAUAUCUUCACUCUUGAUUAAAUGUGCAGACAUUUCGAACGUGACACGUCCCUUGCGUGUAUCGUCACAGUGGGCCUUGGUUUUGUCAAGAGAGUUUGCUGAAAUCGAGACUCUCGAAAAGAAGUUAGCCAACAAGGAUGUUGAUCUUGAUGUCAGUUAUGACAAGGUCCCGACCACCGUGGAAGAUGUGUUGACGACAAAUCCUACCAUGCACAAAGGACAGCUUUUCUUCAUCAAGACAUUUGCUGAGGGCCUAUUUAAAAGCAUUCUGGAACUAUUCCCAGAGUUGGAAUUCACAAGCGACAUAGCUAUGGAGAACAAAGAAUACUGGCUCGUAAGAGAGGCCAACCUAAAUGGAUAG